AGGACCCCGCCCGUGAAUUUCGAAGCACACUUAUUUGAACUACAAGUGCAGCAGCUUAGUCCUGAUACCGCAGAACAAUUAGACUAAAAUCUAUACUCCGGCGCAUGAUAGCAAAAUGAGCGCACUGGUGUCGGCGCAGCCGGAAACCCCGCGUCCGAUUACCGGGCGCGAGAUAAGACGCGAGGCGGUGGAGAAUUGUCUGCAGGCAGUGAGGAAUCAAACACAGCGCCGCACGGACGAAGGCCUCUCUGCGCACAACUUUUUUGUCGGCGUCGCAAACGUCAUCCUCGUUACCUACGUUUUCGGUGCCCACCCGGAGCACUUCUGGAUCUUGUACGCCUUUGAAUGCCUCUACCUGUUCCCGAAAAGGUACAGCAGACCUUCGUUUGUUUUGCGCUUGUCGAUCUCGUGCGGGGGCGCAGAUCGGCCCUCGGCAGCCAUCGAGCAUCCGAGGAUGUCGGCGAGUAUAUGUGAAGAGCUUGAAUCUUGCCAAGCCCGUUCUAUUUCCAGAAAUGGCGUCGUACUUCUCUACUCACUAUACAAACACAUCAGGUGGACCCGAGCCAAGGCCCUGGGGUGCCAGCUGUACUGGCUGGACUAUUGCUGGUUUGUGAACUUUGUGGGCCAGGGAUGUUUGGUUGUGUUUUUCGCGGUACCAACCGCAAAAAUCUCUGGGUCUGGAAACCUGUGAUGCAAGUCCGUGAACAAUAAGUGCUCUGUAAUGCGCCGGCAAACAUGACAAGUUUUUUCGUGCUUCUGUGAUGCGUAUUUCGCAUAAGAAAUUGCGCUUUUGCAUGACAGGCAAGAGGAUCGCGUGGUGGCCGCGCAAUACAGAGUGCAGAGUCAUGCCAGACUAGCAUGACAAUCUUCCAGACCCAGACAUUUUUGCAUUUGAUACGCGGACGCGCUCCUGCGGUAUACCUAUCAGCAACACCAGUCGAGCCGGGACAUGGUGGACGUGAUGUGGAGCGGCGCCCCGGAGACCGGCUUGUCGGCGCUCUUGGCAAGCUACGGGUACGAGCGCUCGCGGUUGUCUCCCGAGGUGCGGCGGCUGGUUUUCGGGACCUUCUUCGCUACCUCCACCGGUCCGCUACUAGGCUCCGUGAUUGCGCUGCAGAACGCGCUGGUCUUCCACAGCUUGGACAACAUGAUCAAUGUAAUAUUUACGUGUGUUUAUCUUUCUGCCCUCAGUCUACUUGAAUGAUCAUUAUUUUUGCGUAUUGAAAACACCAGCGCGGAGAAAUCAAUAUGCACUUCGAUUCUCUACUUCGCACAGGUUCUGAUCCAUCUCUUCCCACCACUUCUCUUUUACACGUUAAAGUUCAAGACGCAGCGGAUCCUGGACGUUUAUCCGGGCGUGUUCAACCUGCACUACAUAGAUGAGCUCGACGUUGUCACCGACGUGGUUCUGCCCGGCGUCGCGCUCUACUGGGCCUGGUGGUUGUUUUACGCGCCAUGGCUUCUCACCGUCGGGAAAGAGCUCCCGAACCGAUCCAAGGCCCAGAUCGCGGAGGCGGCCAAGAGGUUGCAGGAGCGUAUGAAGAGCAGCAAACAGCCCGCACAAUGUAGUCCUGGCCCGGAGUACUACGACACGGUGUUCCAUGCGAUCAUGCGGGGGUCCGGACCCAUCGUCGGCACCGUGGACGGGGUGCUUGGCAUCCGGGGGGAGGAGAAGCGGCAGCGCCAGCAGGCGAACAGUUUUAGCCGCGCACAGAUCAUGGGGUACAUGUGCACGCACGCGUUUGCGGCGCACAUAGGGUUUCUGCUCAGCAUACCCCUGUGGUACAGCCGGGACUUUUUCCGAGCCAUGCUCGUGGCGUCGGUUAGCAGCGCAAUUUGGCACGCUGCGAGCAGAUACAACCACCAGCUCGGAAAAGCCUACGAAAAAGUUGUCUUGGCGGAGCUGCAGAAGAUCGAUGAGCCUGCUAAGACGCCGGAACAAUCAUAGCACGGGGCAGGCAGAUAAUUCGUGGCAGAGCCGCACUCUUCGCCGCAGGUCGUCUGCCCGGCGUAGCAAUUUUUGGUGUAUGAAAAAAGGCGGUUGCAUUUUUUUUCUCCCACAAAAAUAUCAUGUUUGUUGGGAUGUUGAAAUCUUAUUCGAUUUACGUGUAUAGAAACCAAGGGUCGUGGCCUCCUUGUCCGUGUACCCAUAAAUGAACGACAUGAGGACCUAUUGUUUUUACCUUUACCCGAAUGCACAUCUGUUUCAAAAGUGAGCGAGGAGACGCAUAAUUUUCUUGUAGAAUACCAUUCCAAUUUGCGCUAAAAAUUCUUCUGCAUAAUUUUCUCUGUCAUGAACAGCGUGCGCGUCGCACGGUCGCCCUCCUCCGCCAAGACCGAUGCUGCUCUUCAUCGGUGAAAAGUAAUUGC